CCAAGUGACAGUGUGAAUGUACCAGCGAGCUGCGGACUGUCGGACUGACCUGACGACAGAUUUAACGGGAGACACUGUGGCAACACGGUUCAUAUUGUUAUCCUCAUCAUUUCCCUCGGUUUAGCCUCUUCGAGGCUCAGUAAGGAGGAAUCCUGGAAGCACCCGAAGAACCGCGGAUAUCUACGCGGCAUGGAUGCUUCGUGACCCGCGGCAGGUGUGAAGAGAUGCCGGGAGAGCCGCCGGCGGGCACCGGCCGGGUGGUGCUGGUGAAGAAGAUCGUCAUGAAGGACGGAGCUGCGCUCCAGCAGGGCAUCGGCAGGCCCAGUGUGUAUCAUGCUGUGGUGGUGAUCUUCCUGGAGUUCUUUGCCUGGGGAUUACUCACUACGCCUAUGCUCACUGUUUUACAUGAAACCUUUCCCCAGCACACCUUUCUGAUGAAUGGACUCAUUCAGGGCGUGAAGGGUCUGCUGUCAUUCAUGUCUGCCCCUCUGAUCGGUGCGUUGUCGGAUGUGUGGGGGAGGCGAUCCUUCCUGUUGGUCACUGUCUUCUUUACCUGUGCCCCAAUCCCUCUGAUGAGGCUCAGCCCCUGGUGGUAUUUUGCCAUGAUCUCCAUGUCUGGAGCUUUCUCUGUCACCUUCUCAGUCAUCUUCGCCUAUGUUGCUGAUGUAACAGAUGAAAGAGAAAGGAGCACAGCGUAUGGUCUGGUGUCAGCUACUUUUGCAGCCAGCCUGGUGACGAGUCCAGCCAUCGGGGCGUACUUGUCUGCCUGGUACGGAGACAACCUGGUGGUUCUGGUGGCCACGCUGAUCGCUCUGGCUGACAUCUGCUUCAUCCUGCUGGCUGUGCCUGAGUCUCUGCCGGAUAAAAUGAGGCUCAACACCUGGGGGGCGCCUAUCUCCUGGGAGCAGGCCGACCCCUUUGCUUCUCUGAGGAAGGUGGGUCAGGACUCGACAGUCUUGUUGAUCUGUAUCACCGUGUUCUUGUCUUACCUGCCAGAGGCUGGACAGUACUCAAGCUUCUUCCUCUACCUGAGACAGGUCAUUAAUUUUUCCUCCACGACCAUUGCUGUUUUUAUUGGAGUGGUGGGCAUUCUGUCUAUUGUAGCUCAGACGCUCAUCCUCACCCUGCUGAUGAGGACUCUGGGUAAUAAAAACACCGUUCUGCUGGGUCUGGGUUUCCAGAUUCUUCAGCUGGCCUGGUAUGGCUUUGGGUCAGAACCAUGGAUGAUGUGGGCGGCCGGUGCUGUCGCUGCAAUGUCCUCCAUCACCUUCCCAGCUGUUUCUGCUCUGGUGUCACAAUCUGCUGAUCCUGACAAACAAGGUGUGGUCCAGGGGAUGAUAACAGGAAUCAGAGGUCUCUGUAAUGGCCUGGGUCCAGCUCUGUACGGAUUUAUCUUCUUCCUCUUCAACGUUGAGCUAAAUACCAUGGACCCCAUCCAGGGAGACUUUAACAUUGACCCCUUGCCUCUGCACAGUCCCACUGAGCGAGGCCUCAUUCCCGGCCCGCCCUUCCUGCUGGGGGCGUGUACCGUGGUCAUUGCCUUCAUUGUCGCUCUCUUCAUCCCUGAGAAACCCUCCAGCUCCUCCUCUUCUCCGCAGCUGUCCCUGAGUGACAAGCCUCACCCAGACAGCAAAGCGUCGAUGUCCUCACUGGCUGGCGUCCACAUCAACACGCCCCUCCCAGGCAGCGAUGAGGACACCCCUCCCACCGCCAGUGAUGAGGACUUUGAGCCGCUGCUGCAGGACAGUAUUGUCUGAUGGACUUUUUGUAUGAAAAACAAAGACCCAGUAACACAUUUUCUUUGCCACAGGGUGGGACUAAGUGUGCUGUUAUUGUCAGAAGAUUGCUAUUGACAGAAAGAAGCUCCCAAAGCAUUGUUUCUUUGCCAGAAGGCAGUACCCACAUAUUGCUUCAGUGACCAGGAGCAGAGGGAGUAACGUCUUUUGAGUGAUCAGUAAGGAUAUUUCUCUCACAAUGGUGUGGAGCAAAAAGCUACAAAUAAGAUGUCAUUGUUUGAUCUUACAGAAGUGACAAUGAUUUGACUGACCCGGGGCCAACAAAGACGUGGAAACCAUCAUUAAGGAGGGACCAACUGUAUAUUUUUAUGGAAUGGGCAUGCCCAGUUUUGGGAUAUGCGCAUAUAAAAUCCCCUGAAAGGAGGGAGAAGUAUUCCUAAGGUUUUAAUUGAAGGAUUAUUGUUCAUCUUUAAACUUGAAGUUGUUGAUUGUUUUUGUGAUAAACAAGAAAAGGUGUUUCUACCUUCAGCUGUUUCAUUUCAAACUCUAUUUUUAAUGCUGUGAUUAUUUCUUAUUGGUUAUUGUACAAAAGAAACAUGUCUGCAACAUAUUAAGAGCAGGCAAAACGUCAGUGAGAAUUUAUACUCUGUUUUAAAAACAUUUUGUUACAGUUGUUUUUCUUUUUUGGCAGUGUUAAGGUUUUUUUAUUCUUUCAAGUGUACAGUAUCUUACCUGAUAUGAGCUAUUGAUUGAUAACAAGGUAAAAAUAUUAUGAGCUGAGAGAUGAGUCAGCCACCUGAAAUCCAAGGUGUCAAAAUAUCAGUUUUAAAAGCCGUUUUUGUCAUUAUCAUGGCCAGGGUUCUAUUUUUAAUUUCCAUCAUCCAGAGCAAGAAAGACGGGAAUUAUUUAGGCAAUGUUUUCAUUGGGGGCUGAAAAAAUAUAACAUUUCUUGUGUGAAGAAUAUUUGAGAACCAAAGAAUCUUGAAUGGUUCUGAAAUUGAAUAAAAUAACCAAACACCUCACUUGAUAGUUUUAACUUUUAAUUUCACAAGUCAGUGUACCCGUAUGUGACUCUACCUCAGAUUAGCGUGCAUUUAAAUCACACUCAACCUGGAUUUACCUAUCGUCUGUCACAUUUAUUUUAUUUGCUAUCUCAAAGUCACUUUAUGAAAUUGCUGCUGGCUGCUGGCAGUGGGAAAACCUCACAGCUGCAACUAUGGUAUUUAACACAUUUUAUCUCAGGAUUGCGUUAAUUACCAAUUUUUCUGUGUGCAGUGUAUCCAUAUGGUGGUAACUGAACAAUGGGUGGCAGUGUCAUUCAUUUUUGGACUAUUUAAUCACAAAAUAAAGAUCCAGGUAACAUA